AUGUACGGCAAUGAAAUAGAGUACAUGGUGGCACAGCUGUGGCGGAAAAACCCGCCAUUUGAAAAAGCCAUGACUCGCCAUGCUUCCGCAGGAGCUACCGUGUUCCGAUCCCUGUGGCAACUAGUUGCAGACGUUUUCGAUCAGUAUUGGGAUGCCGCGUGGGUAGUGUGGGAUGAGGAAGAGCAAGAGAGAACUGCAAGGGGACAAGCCAGCAUACCUGCGUUGCCCGAUCCGUAUUGUGAUGCCGCAUGGGAAGUGUUGGAUCAGGAAGAGCAAGAGAGAUCUGCAGGGGAAAAAGCCAGAAUACUCGCCUGGAAGGUCACAUACGAGACGACACCGUGGGACCUCUUCGACUGGGAGCCCAAAGUGCAGUGGGCGGCGCAUGUCCAGGCAGAUGACGGGAUGACAAGCCAGCUGUCAAAGCAAGAAGGUCAAGGCAAGGCUUACCGAAUCCAACACGAGACGGCAAGAACUCAUCCCUGCCUCAAUGGUAGACCUAUUGGGACGCAGUACCAGGCUGAAACACCGGACAUGGAUAGCCAGUCUGCGUUGGACGAGAUCGCACCGCCGCCGUCUACUUUCAGUACGGACUUGUCCGACUUCCUCUCGAAACCAGAAGUUAUCAGACUGUUGGACAUGCUCACCCCUACAUUGAGCCGGCUGCGUGAGAGCGGGUGUCAUUGA